AUGAAUGAAGAAAAAGAAGAUCCUAUUUUAGCUGCUCCAAAUCUUGUAAAAGAAGAAUCAACUUCAUCAAUGCCAAUGGAUGCACAUGAUGGUGAAACAACUUCAAAUAAUAUUGAUUCAACAUCAGAUGAAAAAGAAAAAAAUCGUCUUAAUUAUGAUCAACGUCGUAUAAGUUUAUUAAAUAAUCCAAUGUAUGGUGUUAUAUUAUGUUUUUUGGAUAAAUUUCGUGCACAUAUUGAUUUACAAGAUUAUCCAUUGCAUUUACUUGAAGAAAAUCUUUUAAAUGAUCAAGAAAAUAUUAGCCGUCGCUUAAUUGAUUUUCAUAUUACAUUAUUAAAACGAAUAUCAUUAGGCAAAGGUGCCCAACGAGAUAAAUUUGUUCCAAUCAUAACUAAAUUUGCAUAUCGUUUUGAUUAUGAUGAUGGAGAAUAUUUAAAAGCUAAUGGUUAUUCACAAGCAGAAAUUGAUAUUAAACUCCGUAUUUUAAAAAACUUAUUGGAAACACAAUUCGAUCAUAAUCAAGGAUUUAAAACAGCUUUACUCGAAAAACAAUCAUUCGAAGUUCGUUCACAACCAUUUGGUCGUGAUCGUUCUGGUGCAUCAUAUUGGUUAUUUUUGGACAGCGAAUGUUUUAUACGUUUAUUUCGAGAAAAUAUAGAUGAUGAAAGAACAUGGACAAAUAUAGCAAAAGAUAACGAUGAAUUAGAAAAUAUUAUUAAAAUACUUAUUACUGAUUAUGUUGUACGAAAAAAAUUUCCUGAUUGGAAAUUUACGCAUGAAUCUUUAAAUUCUUUAGAAUCAUCUCAUGAAUUUGAAGAACGUUAUAUACCAAAUUCUAUUAAUAUAAAAAAAGAAGAAGCACACGAAAUUAAACAAACAAGUCCAUCAUUAUCUCCAGCUGCUCCAAUUAAAAAUGAAUGUAAAAUAAUACUUCAUCCUAAAAAAUCUUUAUCACCAUCAUUAAUUAAAAAUGAAAUACAAUCUGAUGAAGAAUCAUCAAAUUCAGUUGAUAAAAAUGGUCAACGUUCACGUAUUGUUUCAUCUGAAGAUACAAAUCUAAAUGAUUUACCUCAAGAAAUAAAUAAUAAUCAAGAAGAUAAGCAACUUAAAAGUCCAUCGAAAAAAUCUCGUGGACGACGAAAAUCAACAAAUUGGAAUAAAAAGAAACGACGUACUAUGUCAAAUACGUCAAAAAAAGAUGAACAUGAACAUGAAAUUCAAACACUUAAAACACCAACUAAAGGAAGAAAACGUAAACAAUUAACUGAUAAUGAAGAGGAAGUACAAGAUACAAAAAAGAAUGAUGAAGCUAGUCAAGAUAAAGAUAUAAAUCAAAUACCAUUAGAUGAUGAAUCAAAUAAUAAUGAAGAUUUACCUAUUGCAUUACGUCGAUCAAGACGUAUUCGAAAAGCACCAACCAAUGAACUUCCUUCUGUUACAUCUAGUCCAGCAAAAUCUGUUUCACAAACACCAACAAAAAAGAAAUUAACAAAUGGCAAAUGUAAAACUUCUAGUCAAACAAAUAUAAAAACAUCUUCUCAAUCAUCGAAAACAAAUGGUCGUCGUAAACGUCGCCGUGGUCGUCGUGGUACUGGUAAAACAUCUAUGAAUGGAUGUUCAUCAUCAAGUGAUGAUGAACAUCAACCAUCAGAAGAAGAUGAAGAUGAUUAUGAUUCAGAUGAUUAUUUACCUGAUAAAAAAAAAAUAGAUGAGUUAAAUGAUGAUGAUUUAUUGGAAGAAGAAGAUGAUGAAUUUGUACCACGUCGUUCAGCUAAAACAGUUGCUAAACGUAGUGGACAAAUGAAUGAAGAUAAUACUGAUGAUAUACCAACAUCAUCAAGUUCAUGUUGUGUUUGUUCGAAAACCGAUCGACCUGAAUCAUUAUUAUUAUGUGAUGAUUGUGAUGAUGCAUAUCAUUUAGAAUGUCUUAAACCAAUAUUAUUAUCUGUACCUGAUGGUGAUUGGUAUUGUCCAUUAUGUGAACAUAAACGUUUAUGUGAUAAUUUAAUUGAAAAAUUAAUACAACUUAUAAAAGAGCAUGAUGAACUUGAAAUAAAACGUAAUCAAUGUAUGUCUAAACGCAGUAAUCGUUUAGCUAAUGUUAUGUUAAAUCUCGAUCGAAUGGUUAAACGAUCAUCAAAAAAACGACGUCCAAAUGGUAUUGUUUAUAGUGAUGAAGAAAAUGAAGAUGAAGAUGAAGAAGAACAAGAAGAAGAAAAUAAUAAUAAUAAUAAUGAUGACGACGACGAUGAUGAUGAUGAUGAUGAUGAUGAUAGUGUCUAUGGUUUUAAAGAUGAUGGUAGUGUUGAAGGUGGAGAAAAAUCUAAAAAUCGACGAGAUGGACAACAAAAUGAACAAACAGAAAGACUUGGUGUACGAUCAUGUCGAAGAAAACCACAAAAUUAUCGUUUUGAUGAAUAUGAUAAAAAAAUGAAAGAAGCUAUGAUUGAAGCUGGAGUUAAUGGAGAUGAUAUUGAUAAAGAUUCAGAUGAAUCAAGUGUUGAAAAAAAGAAAAAAUCACCAAAAAAACGUGCAACUUAUGAAAAAGAUGAAGAUUUUGAUGCAGUUGAUACGAAAAAUGAUGAUGAAUUUGCACCUGAUGCAAAUCGUUCGGGUGAAAGUGAAACUGAAGAAGAAGAUUAUAAUGAUGUCGAUGAUGAUGAUGAUGAUGAUGAAUCAAGUGAUGAUGACGGUUGGAAGGGUAAACGUCGACCAUCCUCCAAAAAGAAAUCAAAAUCAAAAUCUAAUCGUAGUAAAGGUCGUAAAUCAAAAAAUAAAUCCGAUGAUGAUGAUUCUCUUUCGGAAACUGAAUUAAGUAAUAUACAAACAAUGGAUACAACAAAAUCUGAUACGAUGAAUGAUACUGAUUUAAAUGAAAUUGGUAAUGAUGAUCGACGACGAUCAACACGAACAACAGCUCAAAAAAAUUAUGCUAAACAACAGGAAGAUGGUAGUGGUGAGGAUGAGGAUGAUGAUGAAGAAGAUUUACUUGAAAAUGGUCGUCCACCACCAAGACGUAUGCGUUAUAAAAAACGACGUGGUAGUGAUGAUUCAUUUAUUGAAGAUGAUGAUUAUGAAAAAUUAGCACGUAAACGUAAAAUAGUUAAAUAUGGUAAAUCAAUAACACGAUCAAGUAUAACAGAUCAUAUUAAAAAAUUAGUUGAUGAAGAUGAAGAACCAAAAGAAGAGACAAGCGCAGAAUCACCAUUAAAAGAUCAAAUAGAAGAAGAGACGAAUGAUAUUCCAAAACAACAAACUAAAAUUCCACCUAAAGAAUACGAAGAACCACAACCAUCAGAUGAUGAUGAUGAUUUUCCAGAUGAACAAGAAAUUUUUAAAGCUAAUGGUUUACUUAAAUUACAAAAGAAUUUAGCUGGACCGGUAAGUUAA